AGCUCCAUAGAGCCAUAAACGCACAGCAAGGUUAUGUGCACUGCAAAUCUAUAAUACUCACAUGGAAGAGCAAUCCCAUGAACAAGCCUCGAUAGAGACAUCACCUUCUUCUUCUUCCGUAGACCAUAAAACUUGGAUAGAGACCCAGGAUUUUCUGAAGAAAAAGUUGAUUGCAGAAGAUGAUUUCACAUGGAGAUUAGCUGUUACAGGAAGGUCAAUGGAGAAAGAGGAGGAGGUGUUGAAGUAUGUGGGUGGAGUUGAUAUAAGCUAUUCAAAGGAAGACCCAUCAAUGGCAUGUGGGGUUCUUGUAGUUUUGGACCUCCAAACUCUCCAAGUUGUCUAUGAAGACUUCUCUAUUGUCACCCUCCAUGUCCCUUAUCUUCCUGGCUUCCUUGCUUUCAGAGAGGCCCCAGUGCUUCUUGAGCUUUUGGAGAAAAUGAAAACCAAUGCUAAUCCUUUAUAUCCACAGCUGCUAAUGGUAGAUGGAAAUGGAAUACUUCAUCCUCGAGGUUUUGGCUUGGCUUGUCACCUUGGCAUUCUGGCAAAUCUACCUACUGUUGGGAUUGGAAAAAAUCUUCACCAUGUGGAUGGCCUAACACUAUCUGGUGUGAUGCAACUUCUUAAAGCCAAGGAAGACUACGCUCAAGAUUUUGUUACUUUGAAAGGAUGCUCUGGGCGUAUAUGGGGAGUGGCAGUGAGAUCUAGUGGUGGCUCAUUGAAGCCUAUAUUUAUUUCAGUUGGUCACCGUAUAGCACUUGAUACUACCAUCAGGAUUGUAAAAAUAACUUCCAAAUUUCGUGUCCCGGAGCCUAUUCGGCAGGCUGAUAUAAGAUCCAGAGACUAUCUUCGGAAGCAUCAAACGAGAAUGUCCAAAUGAUUCAAUUUCAAGAAUCUGGGCCUGCGGUAUUUUUGCUACACCAAUAUAUGCUGUGUUAGAAUGCUCAUCGGGUCCCAUUUUAAUGCUUCUCCUCGGCCCCAAAAAGGCCAGCCCUGAUUACACCACCAGGCUUUUCAAGAGACCCUGGUCUGCAUUCCACUCUCGAAGAAAAUGUUCAGAUCACGAUCCUUAACUUCAGUCUCCAGCUGAUGGCUCUUUAUUCUUUUUUUUUUUAUCUGAAAUUCAUGUGGUAUUCCAAAAGAUCCCAAAACAGGGAAUAGAAAUACAGAUAGAAGGCAAAAGCCACAAAGAGUCAGCAGAACACAUGAAACAAACUACCAAAGGCUCUUUAUUCUUACUAACAAAGGUUUGGGACUUAAAGCCACUCUCCAGUUGAAUAUCUAUCUGAUGGGCUACUGUGGUACACCGUACACGCAUAGGAAGUGUUUCCACGAGCAUCCAAAUUCCACAUGAGUCCAAAUGGAGGGUAACAUUAUGGAGGUCCAUGUGAAAUCCUCAUCAACAAAUUAUCUAAACUCGAUUCACCCUUCAUAGACAACUUGAGCAGUAUGGAGGUCCAUGUGAAAUCCUCGUCAACAAAUUAUCUAAACUCGAUUUGAUUGGUGUUAGCAGUUUACCAGAUGGGUAAUUUGUUUCUUUGUUUGGGGCUUUAUGAAUUAUUCACCAAUGAGACGAGGCUAGUUUCAUCAAUUUAUAGGUAGAUUUUUAACUUGCGCCCUUUUUUUUUUUGCUUAUUUGUUGGCUUCAGUGAUUACGCCACAAUUUUUUUGUAUAUAUAUGAAAUAGAAACUUCAUUAGGUAAACUGUUCUAAAACCUAAUGAGAAAU